AUGGGUCAAAUACUUCAAAGCAAUCACAUUUCAAGUAACAGUCAAGCUUCUUCGGAUGCUGACGACGAAAUUGAAAUGUUAAAAUAUCAAAAACAAGUUAAUAACGCAUUUUCAAUAAAUGAAAUUCAGAGAUUGUACACACAGUGGUACAAGUGGUAUCCAACAGGGAAAGCUCAAAAGAAUAAUUUUUGUGAAUUUCUCAAAUCAGAACCUGGAAUAUCAUCUCCAGAAAUUAUUGUUGAUGAUUUGUUUAGAGCCAUGGAUACGAACAAGGAUGGAUUUGUCAAUUUUGAGGAAUACCUUAUUUUCAUGUCUAUUACUAGACCUACUGCCAAAGAAAGUGAUCCUGAGCAAUUAAUACGGUUCUUCUUCCAAAUUUAUGACAAAGACAAUAUUGGUAAGGUGACUAAGGAAAAUAUAAUGGAAUGCACAGCUCAUGCAUUUAAAGCGAGAGGAAACGAUGUAAAUGAUCCUAAUAUCAAACAAAUAAUUGAGGAAAAUGCAACCAAGCUGAUGGAAAUGGCUGAUUCCAAUAAUGAUAAUCUCCUAACAGUUGAUGAAAUAUUGCAAGCCUAUCAGAAAAAUCACUCUGUAUUGAGGUACCUUUAA